AUAAAAAAGUAUGCGGGUUUUAUAACGCGUAUAUGUGUAUAUAUGUAUUCAAAAAUAUAUAAAGACGUUAAUAUUAUAAUCUUUCAACUACUCUUGAACUUGAAAUAGCAUGUGGUAGAGCAUGCCGUCCUCCGUAUUAAAAUUGAUGUUGAUAGUUUUAUUGAACAAAGCGUAUGCUCAUAAUACGCCGGACACCGAAGUGAUAUUGCUACCGAUAUGGGAUUCAAAAGGUGCAUUGGAGAUUCCAUUAACUUUUAAAGUAUUUGGGCAAUUGAUUCAGCUGAGCCUACGUAGAAACGACAAAAUUGUAUCGUCCGAGUUUCAAGUAUGGAAACAUAAUACUAGAGGCAUCACGGAAGAGUUAUCGCAAUUAAAUGCACCAGAUCCUUGCUAUUAUCUUCACGAAGAUCAUAUCGGCUCCGCAGCCAUAAGUUUCUGCCAAGGACAUGGAUUGCACGGCCUCGUCUUUCUGGAGAACGUCAUGUUAGAGAUUACGCCGUUACGAAGCAGCAUCGAGUCUUCGCCCUUACUAAUCGACAAUGAUCGUUAUAUCAAGGAAGAAACCGAUUUUCUUGGUAAACCUCAUGUGGUUAAACGAUCACCCAUCCGAACUCGGAACCUCGAAACUCUGAAGCAAGCGCGAGCUACGAAAGAGCGAUUGACGUUAGAACUGGCCGUCUUCUUCGAUGAGGCGGCGUAUAGUUUAUUCUCGCCCUUCUUAGAUGGGGACGAUAAAAAGAUUCGCGAUAUGUUAUUAGCGUACGUGAACGGCAUCCAAGCGUUAUACCAUCAUCCGAGCCUUGGUGUCCCAAUCGACAUCUCGUUGAUACGUUUGGACGUUAUUCAGAGACAGCCGCUGGAUCUACCCCACUUCGACGGCGAGAGAGGCGGUCUGUUGGAUUCGUUUUGCAAUUAUGCGAACGCCCGUAAUCCCACGGAGGAUACUCAUCCGCGUCAUUGGGACAUGGGUCUUUAUGUGACCGGAUUGGAUCUUUAUGCGCUCGAAGAUGGAAAGAGGAACGGCGCUACCAUGGGAUUAGCCACCGUCGGCGGUCUGUGUAUCCCGCUCUAUUCCUGCGUGCUAGCAGAAUUAGGGGUCACGGAUCAGUUCGGGAAGCCGUAUCCGUCCGCAGGUUUUACGUCGGUUUUUAUCGCCGCUCAUGAAAUCGGCCACAAUUUAGGAAUGCAUCAUGACUCGAGUGGCAACGCGUGUCCGAAGGACGGAUACAUAAUGUCUCCCAGUAGGGGUGUUCGAGGUGAGACAGUAUGGUCUGACUGCAGCCGCGAGAUAGCCAAGACGCUCUCGCAAACGAAACCUUGUCUCCUAGAUUGGCCCGAACCAGGAAACACCUCGGACGCGGCUACGCACGAUCAUUAUUCGCGUUAUCGCAACAUACCCGGAAGAGAAUGGACCGCCAAAAAGCAGUGCGAAUUACUCCUACGCGACAAGGACGCGAAUGCCGUCACGUUGUAUGAGUCUUGUCAAUCCCUGCGAUGCGAGACACCUCACAGAAGCGGAUAUUACUUCGCAGGACCAGCGCUGGAUGGAACUCAUUGCGCACCCGGCAGGGAAUGUCGCGGUGGAGAAUGUGUUCCUGUUCUCGAACAGCCAUCUGAUAGCGAAAGAGGUAGCUGGGGCGAAUGGAAAGAAGAUUCCUGCAACAGCGGUUGCUUGCAACGAUCUAGAGGCGCUCGAAUUAGACGACGAUUUUGCAAAGAUCGAAAUAGAAUAGAGACGAGCUGCAAAGGACCGUAUUACGAUGUGCUCUUGUGCAAUGACGAGAAACUUUGCAGAAAGAAGCGCAGAACGAUCGGCGAGUUCGCUACGUUGAAAUGCGCCCUUUUCAGCGAGAGGCUGUCGGAAUUGGAUGGUGCAGCGAAGGGAUUGCAGGCGGAACACGAGGCUGAUAGACCCUGGAUGGCCUGCGCGAUAUUUUGCCAACGAAAGGACAUUGCCGCUUAUUACGCUCCGCGCGUGGAACUAAACGAUCUCGGCCUCGACCCGUAUCUACCCGAUGGAACGUGGUGCCAUGCCGAAGAGGGCCGAGAUUAUUUCUGCCGUCAACAUCACUGUCUGCCGGAGAACUUUCUAUUCGGGAAAAAAUCGGCGAUCAAGGAUUAUCAAUAUGAGGAGGAAUUAGGACCGCAAAAUGCAAGAAAUCGGCUCGGAUCGACCAACCGACUUGUCAAAUAUUUAACAUCGGGUCCAGAUGGUUUACCAUUGUUGACUUCCGUAUCACGCGAUAUUACCUCUCCGCCCGGGGAAGAUGAGUGGAUCGACAAAGAUUAUAUUGAAUUACCUGCCUCAACUUUUCCAUCGCUUAAUAGUAACGGCGAGAGAAAAAACAGGGAAAAACGAAUUAAUAAUUAUUAGUUGGCACGCUUCCGGGAAGGGGAAUAAUCGUAGAAUGAUUGUGGUUUCUCGUUCCAUAUGAGAAAAUGCUUUAAGAGAUAGGAUGGGGGCGAUGACGUCAUUCUUCUCCCUCCCCCCACUUCAUCAUCUAUUUUAAGAAUGUCUCGAGUAUUAUAUUUGUAUUUAUAUAGAAACGAGACAGGGAGUCGGGUAACUUAGUAGAUAGAGCGAUUGUCUGAUAAUCGAUACAUCUUGAGUUCAAUCCCAACCCGUGCUACCCCACAUAAAAUGUAAUGGCUACAUUUAAGUAGAAUUAAAAAUAUCUCUACAUAAGAAAAAGGAUUCACUAUUAUACAAAAUAUGUAAGAUAAAGGAAUGUUGCUACUGUACCCCGAAAGGAUACGGAAAUCCAUUAAGAAUCUUUACCUUUAUCUAAGAGCGAGACGCAGAAUUGAAGGCAAUAAAGAAAAAUACAUAUAUAACUCUUAUAAUUUAAUAAUUCUCAUAUUAUUUAGCGUACAAAUAAUUAAUAAAGUGUUAAACUUAGGGGCACGUUAUAUAA